AUGGCCUGCUUCAUGCCACGCACAAAUGUUUUCUACAAAGGCUUUGUUCCUCACAAUUUUGUGCUAACAGAUGUUCUCAGAAUAUUCCUCGAAGAGGAGCGAAGAAGUAGCAAACCGAGGCGCGGCUCUAGACCUGAGGAAGAGCUUGAUCCUGAAGAGAGGGACAGCUUCCUCCAACAGCUUUACAAGUUUAUGGAAGACAGAGGUACUCCUAUCAAUAAACCACCUGUUUUGGGCUACAAGGACCUUAAUCUCUUCAAACUUUUUAGGCUGGUGUAUCAGCAGGGUGGGUGUGACAAUAUUGAGAGUGGCGCUGUAUGGAAGCAAAUUUAUAUGGACCUUGGCAUUCCUAUUUUGAACUCGGCUGCUUCCUACAACGUAAAAACCGCUUAUAGAAAGUAUCUUUAUGGUUUUGAAGAGUACUGCCGUUCUGCAAACAUUCAGUUUAGGACCAUCCACCACAAUGAACCAAAAGUAGUAGAAGACAUACAGAAACACGUGGAACCAAUGGAGGAAAGUGUAAAAGAGGAACAAAAAAUGCCCCCAACAGAAGUUAAAAAAGAAGUGGAAGAAAGUUAUUCCAGCAGUGAAAGUGAAAAAGAAGAAAUAGAACUAAGAUCCCCAAGGGGACGAAGACGACUUGCCCGUGAUGCAACCCCUGCUAAAAAGGAUGGUGAAGAGGAUAAAACACAAGACAAAUUAAAAGACAGUAACAAAGAAAACAAAGAUAUAGAGGAAGCACCUGAGAAUGCAGAAAAGAAAGAAAAUGAAACUCCACUAGGGAGAAAAAGCACACCAAAGCAAAAAGAGAAAAAAAUUAAAAAACAGGAGGAUUCUGAUAAAGAGUCAGAUGAAGAGGAAGAGAGGCAGAGGGAGAGGGAAGAAAUAGAGAACAAAGGAGAAUCAGAAGGUGAAGAGGAUGAGGAGGACGCAGAACGCUGCCUGACUGGAACCAAAGUCAAAGUAAAAUAUGGACGUGGAAAGACUCAGAAAAUUUAUGAAGCCAGUAUUAAAAGCACAGAAAUUGAUGAUGGAGAGGUUUUAUAUUUAGUUCAUUACUAUGGUUGGAAUGUAAGAUAUGAUGAAUGGGUGAAAGCUGAUCGGAUUAUCUGGCCUGUGGACAAAGGAGGACCAAAGAGAAAACAGAAGAAAAAAACAAAAAAUAAAGAAGACAGUGAAAAGGAUGAGAAGAAGGAUGAGGAGAAACAAAAAUCAAAGCGUGGGCGGCCACCUCUGAAAUCUACUCUUCCAUCAAACACGUCUUGCAGUUUAUCCAAAACACCUAAUAGUGAAGGUAAAUCAGGAGCCAGAAGUGCACGGAACAACUUGUCAGAUUCCUCACCAUUACCAAAUGGAACAGAAGAGUCUGGUUCAUCUGACAGUGAAGCAGAUGAGUCGUCUGAAAAGAAUUUGAAUGAAGAAUUUUCUCCAGAAACUCCAGAACUGGAAAAAAGUGAAAAACUACAUGAUGAGAAGCUAGAUGAAGAAAACCCAAAGAUUCCUCAUGCAUUGAAAGAAAACGACAGGACUCAAGUGCAGCCAUUAGAAACACUGAAACUGGAAGUUGAAGAAAGUGAACAGAUUGUUCAGAUUUUCGGAAAUAAAACGGAACAAAUAGAAGAAAUCAAAAGAGAGGCUGAAAAAUCACCUAAAGGAAAAGGGAGAAGGAGCAAGACAAAAGAUCCCUGUUUAGAGAAUGCAAAGAUUUCACCAGGAAGCCAAGAUGAGGUGGCAAAUGAAUCUCUUACAGAACCUGAAAGAUUAGACUUGUCUUCCUUGGACUGUAAAGAGAUUUCCAGCACUACUGAAAGUGAAACAGAACCUUCUACAAAAGAUAAGAAGCUUUUGAAAAGGAAAACUUUGGAACAGGCAUCCCCUGAGAAGAGAAAUCGACGAGAGAGCGAGAUGGAAGUGCCAAAUAUUGUCUCUGAAGAGAGGACCAAUGAAUGUACUGGAGCAGAGGAAUGUAGAGGGCUGAAUGCUGAAGAGUCCCUUAGAACUGAAAAUGAGGAGAUGCCAUCCCUGGUGGCAGAAUCAGUUCAGCACAGUCAAGAGCUGAGGAAUGAGAACUUCGAACAUCCAUCCGAAGAAAACGAGAAUGUUCCCUUAAAAGAUGAGGAUGACGCCAUGCCUCAGAUUGGUCCUGAAACUUUGCUCUGCCACGAAGUAGACUUGGAUGACUUGGAUGAAAAGGAGAAGAGCAGUAGUGAGGACACAAUAUCAGAAAAGCCAGACCCUAAUGCUUCAGAUUCAACUCUGUCUGCCUUAGCCCCUGCCGUCCAGUCCGGCUUUUCGGCGGCAUCGCCUCUGACCCUGAGCCAGGACGAAUCGCGCAGCAUCAAGAGCGAAAGCGACAUGACUAUCGAAGUCGACAGCGUGGCAGAAGAGUCUCAAGAAGGUCUCUGUGAAAGCGAGUCUGCUAAUGGCUUUGAAGCCAGCACGACAUCAAGCAACUGUAGUAUAGCCGUGCAAGAGAGAGAGGUGGGAGAGAAAGGUCAGAAAAGACCCAGUGAUAGCAAUAGUGGAACGCUGGCAAAGAAGCAGAAGCGUACUCCAAAGCGAACAAGUGCUGCAGCCAAAAAUGAGAAGAAUGGAACAGGACAAAGUAGUGACAGUGAAGACCUUCCUGUCCUGGACAGUUCAAGUAAAUGUACUCCUGUAAAACACAUAAAUGCAUCCAAACCACAGAAGAUUUCUCGAUCACCUGCAAGAGUGCUUUCACCUCACAUCAAAGAUGGAGAGAAGGAUAAACACAAAGAGAAACACCACCACCAGAAUGCUUCGCCUAGAGUAUACAAAUGGAGUUUUCAGCUCAAUGAACUAGACAAUAUGAGCAGCACUGAAAGGAUCUCCUUCUUGCAAGAAAAACUACAGGAAAUACGGAAAUACUACAUGUCCUUGAAGUCAGAAGUAGCAACCAUAGACAGGAGAAGAAAACGAUUAAAAAAGAAAGACAGAGAAGUGUCACAUACAGGAGCAUCCAUGUCAUCUGCUUCAUCAGACACUGGAAUGAGUCCAUCAUCAUCUUCUCCUCCACAAAACGUGCUUGCUGUAGAAUGCAGGUGAUACACGUUUCUCUGCCUUGCCAGCAACUCGCUGCCAUGGACAUAAAUCCUGAAAUUCAACCACAGAAAGCACUCAACUGGUUUGACAUUGCCAAGUAUAUUCUGUACACACUUCCACUGCUGGACUGUACCUGUUCUCCCCUCCUGCCCUCUUCUUUUGUUUAAUUUACUGUUGAGAGAACUUAAGCUCAUUGGUAACUGAAGGUUUGUAGGCACAAUGUGACAUGCUUGUCAUUGUGUUUGUUUUUGUUUCGUUUUGUUAAUGCAGAGUAAGGGCACUUAUCAAAUUUGAAAAGUUAUGUCCAAUGAAGCAUUCAGGUGUUCUAGGGAGAUCUUAGAAAAGCAAGUGCACCAGGCAGACAUCGGAGUAUUAUCCAAAAGAAUUGAGUAACUGCUGCACUUCCACCGAGCUGUACCUUAACUCUUGGUGAGUAGUUCCUCUUUGUGGAAGCACUUGCUAUACAGAACUGCCAAAGUACGUGUUCAGCAAUGUGCCCAGUUUUAAAGGUGUAAAUGGGACAAAAUAAAUUGUGAAAGGAAGUGUAGUUGACUGAAAACUACAGUUGUAAUAAGUCUUCCACUUUUUAUAGGAUUUUUGAGCACACAAUUAUGCAAAUAUUUUAAUGUUUAUUAAUGUUUACAGUGGAAUUGUGAAUAGGUUUUCAGUGGACUAUCUUAUCCCUUGACAAAAAUAUUUUGUCUUUUUUCUAUGUAAUUUCAGAGUUUUUAUUUUGUUACAAAAAGACAAAAAAUGAAAUAUAUAACAACAAUGAAAUUAUUUAACAAGAUUUCUAAAGCUGAAAUUUUUGUGUAAAAUAAGGGUAUCUUGCAACUUGUUAAAUAUAUUUA